UAAGAAGAAUGCUGAGAAGAAUCACUCAGUUUAUCCAUCACCGCAAUAUCCAAACCUUUAUAUCAAUCCGAUUAAACAGAAAUUUCUCAAUCCACCAAUCAGCGAAGCUCCAUUCCUUCCCUCCUAAUUCAAACAUCGCAGCAUCCAGUUUCAACCUGAAUCAUUCGCCAUCGCAACAAAUUCACGGACAGGGCCACGACAUGAGAUUCAUGGAAUACGAUGCUCUGCUACGGGAUUGCGUGAGCCGGAAGCAUGUGAAAGCAGGCCAAACGGCUCAAUCCCACAUGAUUAAAACCAGUUAUGCUCUCCGUGUCUACUUUGGCGGGAGGCUUAUCGUCUUGUAUUUGAAAUGCGGGUGUUUGGCUGACGCGCAAAAGGUGUUCGACGAAAUGCCACACAGAAAUGUAGUGUCGUGGACCGCGAUGAUUUCUGGGUAUACCAAGAGCGGGUUUUACAACGAAGCUUUGCAUCUCGUUUUGGAGAUGCUAAGAUCAGGUACCAAUCCGAACGAGUUCACUUUCGCUACAGUGGUUAAUCUUUGCACGAGUGCUUCCCAGUUCGAAUGUGGAAGACAAAUCCACUCACUUAUAGUUAAGAGCCCUUUUGAAUCCCACAUAUAUGUUGGUAGCUCACUUCUAGACUUGUAUGCCAAAUCUGGAAAUAUCCAUGAAGCGCGGCUUGUGUUUGAAGGUUUACCAGAGAGAGAUGUGGUUUCAUGCACUGCUAUUGUUUCGGGUUAUGCUCAACUAGGAUUUGAUCAAGAGGCUCUUGAUCUGUUUUGUGAGUUGCAGAGCGAAGGAAUGUCUUUUAAUUAUGUUACUUAUGCUUGUGUUUUGACUGCACUUUCGGGGCUUGCUGCGUUCGAGUAUGGAAGGCAAAUGCACGGCCGUGUUCUCCGAUCUCACCAAUCCUUCUACAUUGCCGUUGAGAAUUCUUUAAUUGAUAUGUACUCAAAAUGUGGGUACCUGGUUUACGCUAGGAGGAUCUUUGAUGCAAUGUGCGAAAGAAGUGUUAUCUCGUGGAACGCAAUGCUGGGAGGGUAUGGCAGACAUGGAGACGGGGAAGCUGUAGUCGAGUUAUACAGUAAGAUGAAGAAAGAGAAUAAGAUCAAGGCUGAUGGCACGACUCUUUUGACAGUACUAUCCGGGUGCAGUCACGGAGGAAUGGAACAAAUAGGCCUCCAAUUCUUUGAUGAGGUAGCAUCGGCGGGUGGUGUUGAUCUAGGUAUUGAGCACUAUGGCUGCAUUGUCGACUUACUCGGGCGUGCUGGUCAGCUAGAGAGGGCGUUGCAUUUCGUGAAAGAGAUGCCUCUCAAACCGAAUGCUGCUAUCUGGGGUUCACUUCUGGGUGCGUGUAGGGCUCACCGGGACUUCCAAGUUGGGAAAGUUGCCGCCGAUCGUCUUCUCGAGAUAGAGCCGGAGAAUGCAGGAAACUACGUGAUGCUUUGUAAUGUAUACGCGUUAGACGGGAGGUGGCACGAGGUGAGGAAAGUGAGGCGGUUGAUGAAGGAGAAGGCGGUGGUGAAGGAGCCGGGGAAGAGCUGGAUCACGUAGGGACAAACCCUUCACACGUUCUAUGCGGGCGAUCGAUCCCGUCCCGACAGUGAGGAGGUGCUGUGUAAAGUAGGGGAGAUGUCGGAUCGGGUGAAGGCAGCCGGAUACACUCCAGACCUGAGUUCCGAUGAGCAG